AUGAAUCAUAUUCAAAGGACACUUGAUUGUCUUACUGCCGGUGAGAAGAAAUUCGGUCGACAAUCUCGUCUCAUCGGAGCUACCAGGAAGCUCCAGAAGCAAAAGUCUUCACUACCUACAGCCUACCCACAGCAUCAAGUGUCGAUGCAUAGCGCCGUAAGACGAGAGUAUACUUCAUCGCCUACCAUGACUGCACCUGAACCUACUGGUCUGAAAGGGAUAUGGAGUACAAUGCUGACGAUGGUUGGCGAUGAUGGAGAUAUCAAGAACAUAAUAAAUCGCGACAAGGAAGAUUUGAAUUGGGUGGAAGAUUACCAUACGAAACAUCGAGAUCCCCGUGAGCCACUGUAUCUGAGAUUUGAGGAAGCGAAAGAGAUUACAGCAUGGAAGGAGAGACAAGGGUCAGGCGUAUUGCACAUCAACUGCGAUAUACUAGGAAGUACUCCGCAGUCAGGAAAGCGACACACAACACCAUUAUCAACCUUUUGCUGGGGUUGGAUCAACGAUGUGCGGAAUGGCUACCGCGUUCCGACGGACAACUCCCCUGGUGCCCUCGUCUUCUUCAUGGGGGGGUACUAUCGCCGGGAACGUCAUGAAUCGAGGCCCGUUGGCUUGACCUUGAUGACAUCCCUCAUCUAUCAAGUAGUUGAUCUCUACGGGAGAAAGGUCUGUCCAGAUGAAGCAGGCGAAUCUCUGAGCUUCGAAAGUAACAAACGCAACGAUAUCGAAUAUCUCUGCGAGUUCUUCAAGACGCUAAGGUUGAUCACGUUGGUUAAAGAUCAACAUACAGAAGUGCCGGUUCCACAGCCGUUCAGGUUGAUCCUCACUGGUCCCGGACCGGAUGGACCACUGUCAAGUUUCCUCCAAGAAAAGAACAACAUGGCAUCAUCCUAUUAUUUCAUCUCGGUAGGACCGAAGCAUGAUGAUAAAGCUUUGCUGAAAUUGGACCCGGACCGAAGUUUCUCAUUAUUCUUCUACAUAAAGAUCUACUACAUCAUCACAUUCUGGAGAAAGUCAACUCCAAAAUUCUGGUCCUUAGAACGUCUUCAUGUGCUCCAGUACACCGCUCAUCUACCGGCUUGUCUCAUCCUCCGAAACUUGACUUCCAUUCUUGACUCUGGACUUCAUCUCAUCUAUGUUGUUUCCCACUGGAACUCAGGGAUCUUCACCCCUGACGAGAUAGCAAGAUGUAGUCUAACACCCUGGGAACUCAGUGUCUGGAUCUCCCACAGAUCAGCACCAUUUGUACAGAUGAGGAUUGGAUGCCAUGACAGUAUUUCUUCUCCUAAGAGUGCUGGAACACGUCAAGUAGAAUUCGCUGGUUCUACCUCCAUUGAAGAAUAUGAUGAAUGUGCGGUGACGGGGAUCAUUCGUCCAAGUAAAUGUUUUCUCGAUACAAAGAGAAUGUCGUUCAUGAGGUCUAAUGUUUCUAGUUUACCGCCCGUUGAUAUUGACCCUUUGCAAGGCUCCGAGAAUGAUCUCCGCUACCUUGGCGAAUCCAGUGGAUGCGAUAUUGGAACAUGCAUGUUCACAAGAUUCCAGUUGAGUAAAGACAGUGUGCACUUGGUCUCAGAUCCAUAUCUUCGCAGCUUACCAGUCUUUUCGCCGGUGGUAGAAGGCCCGACAACUAUCUUCUCAUACAAGAACUUUCAGAAAGCCGAAGCCACGCAGCCUAGCUACAAGUUUAUUUCAAACUCAAGUUUACCUGAAGGACAUUGUAGAUUGCCCAUAAUGUCGUCUCCGGAAUCCGCCUCGGAAAAAGGAGUAUGGGAUACCAUGCAGGAACUAAUUCCUCUCAACAACGAUCGUGCCGACAUCCGGUGGCUUCACGGCCGCGACGAUCAGGAUCUUCAAUGGGUGGGAGACAAAGAGGUUGACUUGUACUAUGCAUCGCACGAGGUUCAUGGACCACUUUGGCCUCAGAUCCUAGCCUCACGCGAGGUAGCAGCAUGGGAUCAAGUCAGAAAGUCAUGCAUAGUACUCAUCGAUUGCGAUAUGGACUCCAACUAUCUCUGGGACAACUUUCGUUUGAGUCAACUAUCGGUAUUGUGUCGUAGAAUGGCCCAACAUAAGCGGUUGGACUUUCUUACAGACAAGCCCUUCGGAUCUCUGGUCUUCUUCAUGGGGGGCACGGGAUAUCACGAACGCAGCGAGUCGGGGAUUGCUGCUCUGACUAUGAUGACAUCUCUAAUCUAUCAGGUCGUUGAGAGGUACGCCAGAAAGUGCUGCCCAGAUGAAGCUGGCAAUGUUCUGGCCUUCGAAAGCGCCAGGAGAGACGACAUCGAAUAUUUAUGCGGCUUUUUCAGAGAAUUGGUUCGUAAAGUGUCCUGGAAAGUCGAGCUUACCUGUUUUAUCGACUUUAUUGGUCGACAUGAUACAGAACAGGGGAUGGACAUUGUGAUAAACAACUUGAUCGGUUUGGUCGAAGACCAAGCAGAGAUCGAAACACAAAAUCCACAACGUAAGGCAUUCAAAUUGGCACCUUCCUACGGAUCUGACCUCUAG